ACUUGCAGUUUACCUACCACACCUUUCGCACACGUACACACGGAGCCAGGAAGUGGAGAAGUGGAGUUUGGAGUGCAGAUUCAUCAACGAACUGCACAGUUGACCAACACUUCCCCCUCACUACGAUGACACAAUGAGUAGUCCGGCAUGCUCAAAGGUUCAGCGAUUCCACUAGGGAACAAAGUCGCAGUACCUGUGAAUGGUUCGGCAGCAUGCCGCUUUUGAGAGUCCAAGUCUGUUCUUUUCUUUUUCUUUUUGUUGCUUCAGGAAUCCAGUCAUUUAUGUUCAUCCAUGAUGGAAGUACCACUGUCAACAUCAGCAGGCUGGCCAAAGGCUCAUCAUGCAAAGUGUGCACCGAGGGAAGGCAAAAUUGUGAAGAGGCACUAUUGUUGAAAGUCGGCAACCCUGUUUCAGUGCAAUUCUUUUGCCCCCAUCCUGAAGAUGAAUUCAAAGUGGAGAUCAUACAAAAUAUAGAAUGUACCAUUGAGGAAUGCGGUUGGUGGUCGGUUCCAGUCAGCACAUUGUGGUUGGAUUUCCACCGUAGGUUCACAUGGAACCUGAAGGCCUCUGGACCAAAGUCAGUCCAAGUGGACUUCCCAGAGACAGGCAUGAGACAAAUUCCUCCAUCUGAAAAGUGUCCAGAUAUGCACACUUACACCUUCAAGGCCUUUCAGCAGACAGGCAGUGUGGUCAUUGGCAAAUACUGCACAACGGGCCCUAUCAGAAGUAUUCAAAUUCUAAACCAGGGUAGCUUCUCUUUGGAUGUCCCACCAGGCCUGGAGGUCCAAAGUGACUAUUUUACUGUGUCUGUUGGAGAGGACAUCAAAUCUCUUGCCAAAGUUACAUUAUCUUUGUCACAUGGAACAUAUUCCUCUGAGUUGCUUUCUCCAAACUUCCCCGAGAGUUUUCCCGACGAUGACGUGAUGGAGUGGUACUUUGAGCUCACAAAUAAACAAAGAGCAGCGAUAAAGUUCCUUAACCUGACCGAGCCACGUUGUCUGAAGAAGGAAACUGCGGCCGAGUACCACAACAAAGGCAGGCUGGCGCUGGUGACGGCUCUGACGGACACCCAACCUCUCCAGAGUCAGGGAGACUUUUCUCUGAUUCUCAGGAACUGUGAGAUGGAUAGACGACAAGCUGGUUCUCCUGGACUCUCCCUGAAACUCAAGGUGACAGCUUUAAGGACGAGCGCACCAGUGAAUUGUAGCGUGGACCUGAAGAAAAUCAAUUACCUCUCCCUGCACUUGGAGAGACUGAACCUGGCCUCUGAAUGUGAAAUGAAGAUGAACUCUGUCAUCAUGGAGACCAUUACAAUCCCAUCCGGAAAGGUUUCUCAACUGACUUUUCAGGACUGUCUUCCUCAAGACAUCAGUGUCACAGCCAGUGGAGUCAUUGGUUGCAGUCAAUUUAAAGAUUGCCCAAAGUUUCCAGUGCGUCUUGCGGUGCCCUUCUUACCCAGUUGCCUCCCAUCCCCCUUGAACGCGGUGACCUGGGCCCUCCGUCCUCCCCCCCACGGCACUGUGGAACUGACCUCUUUAAUGGGACCCCUGAAGCAGUCCCUGCCGGGUCAGCUGUGCGACGACAGUCUCAUUAGCUUGACCGAGGAUGAUGGCAAGACCGUAGGCCACUUCUGUCCUCAGGGGGCCAUUCAGAAGGUCCAAAUCCACACCAACGUAACGGUCACCCUCACAAAAAUAGGCAACCAAACACUGAAAUCGUCUGUGAAGCCUUUGUUGACUGCUAGUUUGAAAGAGGAGAUAACAGAAAGGUACAUAUUCACAUUAUCCCCAAAAAGAGACACGAGUCUCCUUUUGGCGACGCCCGGUUGGCCGGCGGGGAUGGAGUCCUACGCCACCGUCUCCUGGAUCGUCUCGCUACCCCCUAAAAUGGAAGCGCACUUGAAGUUCGUCAACCUCAGCCAGCCCAAGUGUGCCAACCGCCAUACCAACAUUCGGGUGCAGACGUUCGACAGUCUGGAGGAGGAGUAUAGCCGAAGGGAGGACGAGGAGGCCGAGGAGGUCACCGUCACCGAGAGCUUCUACCUUAACAUGUCUAACUGCAUGACAGAGCGAGGAGACUUCAUGGUCGUCACAGAGCUAACUGUCCAGAAAAACCAACUAUUGAUCAUCAUCUUGAGUGUGGUCGCUGCUCUGGUCCUCCUGUUCAUCGCUGUACUGGUGGCGGUCUGUAUCGUAAUUAAGAAGAAGAAAAAGAAGAUCAAUCAUCAGGUGUCCAUCUACAAUCCCAACGGCACCAUCUUCCUGCCGGGAAACAACGCCUUCCCUAAAAGCCGUGAAGACAACGAGUCCCAUGUGUACGCCUCCAUUGAGGACACGCUUGUCUACACCCACCUGCUGAAAAAAGGCGCAGAGAUGGGAAUCUACACAGCGUCGGACAUGGAAGACCCCUACACGGAGACAACAGACUCUCCACUAUCUAAAGACGAAAACAACAUUGAGACGGGGGUUUACCAAGAGUAUCCGCAGCAGGGACCCCCACUUCCCAACAGGCCCCCCAGCCACGGCCACACGCUGGUGGACAAUGUGAUUUACGACGCACAGCCCACCUCGGCUACGAUGGAGGCACGGCUGGAUCCGGAGGGAGGCAACUGAUAGGAUGCGGGAUUUCCACUUGACUUUUUUUUUAUUUAACUUGGUGAUCUUCAUUCUUGGAUUGCUAGAGACCUUGUUUUUCCCGCAUGGGUUUUUGCACCAAAUUCACAAACUAGACGUGCUCAGACUUGACUGCUGCUGCUGCCUGCUUUUAUCUUGAGUGGCAGUGCUUCUCUUGUGAAAUGAGAACUGAAUCACCGCUUACUUAAGAGAAAUGGAACACAUUCCUUUAAAACUCACAAGCUGAUUUUGGGUGAAAGACAGAUAACACACUUUUAAACACUCAAGACGUGCGGUCGUAACAUUUUACAGUCAACUUUUAUGUGAGUUUCUUCUCAUCUUUUAGAAUUAAAGACAUUUACACAAACUUUAA